ACAUCAGCUCCUCUGAUGUUUCCGUUGGCACUUGGCUCCACGUCUCACUUCUCUUCGUGGUGAUGGCGUUGGUCUUCUCCGGGUUCAUCAUGGCUUUUGUCUGAUCUUAUCUUCCUCAAGCUAUCUCUAUUUUCAUCGUUUCGUUACUCAAUUGGAUCAAGAACAUUGUUUCUCGAUAGAAACUCCAAAUUAAGAAGAGAGAUCAUUUGGUUUUAGUUCUCUUGUGGAUCUACUGGAUUUCGAUGGAGAAUCAAGUCAUUUUGAUUUGAUUUAUUAUCCUCUGAUGUAUGAGAUUUCACGAUAAAGACUAAGGUGUUGUAGAUAGUGACGCCUUCAUCUCCUGAUGUCAUCGACGGCGAGGUGUUUGGUACGGGGCUCUGUUUCUGGUUUGUUUCCGGUGAGCCGCCGAUUAGAUCUUCGCCGGAGAUGUCCUUGUCACUGAAGCGCGGUGGUGGCCCGCAUGGUGGGCACGUGUUCCUGUCACACUAAAAGAAACAUGUGGAUUUCAAGUCACGAUCGACUUCCUUUAGACUUUAUUUUGGUUUUUUCGUGGGACUCGUCUGUGGGCUUUGUUUGGCCUCUUUUAUUUUUUCUUAUAUUUUUGGGCUGUUUUCCUUUGUUUAAUGGGGUUAUUUGUGAAAUAACUAUAAAAAAAAGAAAAAUUAGUUUUGUAGAAAGAAAAUAGAGAAAAAUAAGAAGAGAAAAGAGGAGAGAGUAUGUGAAAUUGGUUAUAUAGUUAAUUUUGAGUUUUUGUUUGGUUAUUGAAUGCAAAUUUCUUUGUUUAAUAAGAUCAUCAGAAUUAAAAAAAUAAAAAAUAAAUAAACCAUUGAAAAAAUGAAUCUACGAAUACUGUGUCAUUGUCCCACUCCCACAUUUUUUUUUUUGCUAACAAUCCCACUCCCACAUAUUCGACUUCUGGUCUGUUCUCUCACAAACUCCAAAACCAGUCCGAUUUCUAUUUGUCCUAAUGGUUCUUGAGACAUUCCUAUAUAGUUUUAGUGGUUCCCUAUACUUUAUCUUUUGUGCUACUUGACUUUAGACUUGUUUAAGUUCCACGUUGCUAUCAUUAGUCCUAUCAUGGUUAACGGAUAAGCUUAUUUCACAUUUGUAGUCUUCUCUCAGUAUCUAGAUGCUGGAACACACGUAGAAUAUUGUCUCCUACUCUACUUGAUGCCAAGAUCUUCUCGAAAACAGGUCAGACCGCCUCUUAAAACGGAUAAUUUCUUUAUUUUAUCUACAUUUCUAUCCUCAUUCCUACACUACUUGCUUCCACAUAUUACUAAAUGAAUCUGUAAUAAAAAAAUUGGUAGUCUCGCGGCAAUAUAGUUUGGCACAUGUUUAUGAUCGAUACGUAACAAAAUUCUAACAUAAACCUUCAUGAUCCCAUUUUUUAUUUUUUGACUAGGUGAUUUCCGUAUAGUUAAGAAGGCAUUCAAGAGAACAUGUGCAUUCAAGAGUAACCACCAAUUAUAUAUCACUAACGACGAACAAUGACCUUGAUGAACCGUACUUUUUCAAGACAUUUGAACAUUUGUGGAUUGAAUGGUCCUAUACGACAAAGAAAAUAACACUAGAAUUAGCCUUUUAUAUUUUCUUCUUAUAAAAAUAUUAUGAAUUUUCAGCCAAUAAUUAAAUGAAUUUUCAAUUUAUCCUCUAAUAAUUCAUCUUCUAACCAUCUAUAUAAAAGAGGAAAUUUAGCUAAAUCAGAAAGAACUAGAGAAGUGGCCGAGGCAAAAAAAAAGUAGUGGGGUCGAAAAGACAAAGAAGAAAAGAAGUCGGGGUGGAUAAUAGUAAAAUCUAAAUUAGUGAGCCGAGAGGGGUAAAUUAGUUAGAGCAUCACAUCCCCUCUGGUCCCCUAUGAGAAGCUCUCACGGAAACGUUAGACGUGGGGUCCCACUACCCGAACACACAUCUCCAGGCACCGUUACUUUAACGGAGCUUGUUGUUGUUAUCCCCAUGACUACGAUGUGAAAGUUUGAGAAGACGUUACCUAAGGUCGAAGUAAAAGACUUUUUGAAGAGGCGGUGUGUGAGAGAGAGAGAGUUAACGGUGUUUAGUGAAGGAAACGACAACGUGGGUGUUUAUUGCCUGUGUCAGGUGGAAGAGAGAGAGAGAGAGAGAGUUAAUGUAAAGUUUUGUCUGUACUCUGGAACAAAGGUCGAAUGUUAGAGACUAAGGAAGCAAAAAAGAGAAAAGCUUUAUGGCUCAUGAGGCUCUCAAAAAACGGCACCGCUUCUCCUACUCGUUUUUAACCUAAACCUUUUCUCCCCAGCCUCAUCUUUUUAAGUGCCACUGAUCAGAGGGAUAGAGAGAGAGAGAGAGAAAUAUAAAAAGAGGGAGCUUUUGUGUUCUUGUGGGUAUGUCUCCCUAGGAUUCAGGUCCUGUCUGAAGGGUGAAGCUUUUUGGUUUCCAUUACAGAGACAAAGCAUAACAAAAAAAAGGGGUUUCUUGUUCUGUUGUUUAUGUGUUCUGUUGUGUUUUCUAAUCGAGUUUUAAGGUAAAAAGGUUGAGACUUUUCGAGUGGGGUUUGUUGUUCUUAGUUUUAAUGGGAACAAGAGCGGAACGUAAUAAGGAAGAUUUUGUUGGUGGGUUUGGUUUUGGAGUUGUAGAGCACUCUCAUAAAGACGUUAUGUUACCGUCUCAUCAUUAUCAUUCAUAUUCAUCGCCGGCCUCUGCUUCCUUCUGUUACUGUUCCAAUGGUGUUGCCGAUCCAAUCUUCUCUGCUUCAAACACUUCUACUCUUGGUGAAAUGUUCUCUCUAGGGGGUUCUAACUCCACUGCUGGUGUUUCAGUUGCUGACCCUUUCUUCACCUUGACCUCCUCAGGGGAGAUGGGAAGAAGCAUGAGUGGAAAGGAAGGUGCAGCUUUCAGUGAAGCUCAAUGGCAAGAGCUUGAGAGACAGAGGAAUAUAUUCAAGUACAUGAUGGCUUCUCUUCCUGUUCCUUCUGAGCUUCUCUCACCCUUCUCCAGGAACCACACCAACAAUCAUGAUGUGGCGAGAGGAGGUUCACUGAAGCUGGGGAUUGCUUCAAACGCAAGCAACAACACGGCUGAUAUGGAGCCAUGGAGGUGCAAGAGAACAGACGGGAAGAAAUGGAGAUGCUCUAGGAACGUGGUCCCUGAUCAGAAAUACUGUGAGAGGCACGCUCACAAGAGCCGUCCUCGUUCAAGAAAGCAUGUGGAAACACCAUCUCAUUCUCACCACAAUGAUGCUCGCACCACUAAGAACGUUGCUAGCCAGUUCGCUACAGCUUAUCCUCAGUUCUACGGACCUCCCUUAAGCCAGUUCUCUGCGGUUUCUACUCUUCCGCCAGCUUCCUCUUCUUAUGAUCAUCACCAUAGUGGAUUGAGGUGGCUUAUGAAAGAAGGCGACUCCAUAGCAACAUUAAACCCGGAGAUUCAUGAAGCUGCUCAGCUGAAGGUUGGAUCAAGCAGGGAGCUCAAACGUGGAUUUGAAUAUGAUCUUAAUUACAUACAGAAUGAUCCAUUAGUAGACCAGAGAUUUGGAGCAUUGGAGGGUCUAUUGAGUCCAAACCGCCAAGAGACGAGGCGGUUUUUGGUAGAAGGGGAGCAAGAUGAGGCGAUGGGAAGCUCACUGACACUAUCAAUGGCUGGAGGAGGAGGCAUGGAGGAAGGUGAGGGAAGAAGCCAGCAUCAGUGGAUUAGCCAUGAAGGACCGUCGUGGCUAUGUUCAACAACACCAGGUGGACCAUUGGCUGAAGCACUUUGUCUUGGCGUCUCCAACAACCCUAGUACUAGUACUACUACUACUAGUAGCUGCAGCAGAAGCUCAAGCUAAACCAAAACGACUUGAGUUAGUGUCGUUUUACGAGUCUAGAAUCGGUUUAGUGAUUAGAAAUCAAAACUAUGUUUCAGAUUUAAGUAUCUUUCUCAGUGAUUUGUUUGAAAAACUGAGAUCACCUUUUGGAUCUUGUUCCUUUUUUUUUGGCUGUUGGAUUUUACUAUUAUGUGAUGUGUAACAUCGGUUUGCUUAAACCACUGGAAAAUCGGUUCAACCUCUUGUU